UGUCCCCAGCCGCUGGGAAAAUCGUUCGCCUAGUUGUUAACUCGGGUCGCUUCGGGCAAUUUUGUUCGUAUAUCAAAGUAGUUGCGUUGCGUUAGCCAGAAUUCUAGAGCCAAGAGCCAAGAGCCAAGAGUGAACGUCGCGCUUAGUCAGUUGGCUCCGGUACUUGUUCAGAGUUAGAACAAUCCGCGACGUGAUUCUACCGGUGCGGGUGUAAUUUUUUUACGAUAAAUUCUUCUCGAUUUUAAAUCACACGAUAUAUCGUUAAAUCAAGAUGAGUUGCGCGUGUGAAUGCAUAAGAUGGCUACUUUUCGCCUUCAAUUUCAUAUUCUCGCUGGUGGGUUUGCUCCUCCUUGGCCUUGGCGUUUGGAUCCAUUUGGAAUUGGACGACUACCAGAAAAUUAGCGAAAGCGUUGGGGCUCCAGCUAUCGGUCUGAUAAUCCUCGGCUCGAUAGUGUUCGUGAUUGCAUUCUUCGGAUGCUGCGGAACUAUAAGGGAGAAUCACUGCAUGGUUGUGACGUUCGCCGUCUUCCUUCUGGCUAUCCUGAUCAUCCAAAUCGCCAUCGGUGUCUGGGCCUUCCUCAUAUACAAAGAUGUCGGUACCGAUGAGUGGAAAUCGAACAUCACCACUGCUUACAAAGACAUAUUUGCGAAAUACUGGUCAAGCGACGAUGACCGGGCCAUUGUUGACGUAGUACAGACUCAGUUGAAUUGCUGCGGAGUGAAUUCGGCUGCGGACUAUUCCAGCAGCUCUAACGGCACCAUUCCAUGGAGUUGCUGCGGAAAUGCUGAGGGUGUCAGUUGCUCCUCAUCCACGUCAACGAUAUACACAACUGGAUGUCUCGAUGCGCUCGAGAAUAUUUUCGGAAAAUUCGCACAGAUCAUUGGCGGAAUUGCCAUCGGCGUUGCUGCAACUGAGUUGGUCGGCAUAAUAUUCGCCCUGUGUUUGGCAAACUCGAUCAGGAACGACGACCGAAGAGGCUACAGGGUGUAAAUAUAACUCAAAAAAUGUAAAUCGAUCGAAGAAAAUACCGCGUGGAGAUCGAACAUUCUGUGUAACAUUCAAAAACCAAUUUCAAUUCAAUUUCGUUGGUAAUUUGCACUGUAUAACUCUUCUUCUGCACGCGGCGUGCGAGGGAGGAUUGGUCGGAGUUCGUCUUGUCAAGUUCGAGAAAAGCAUUUGAAAAACGAGGAAAGAAAGGAAAACCACAAACAAAUUCAAGA